AUGUCUAAACACAACGAUCCGGAGGCCAUCUCCAAUUUCCUCGCAGAACAACGAGAUGAAGCACCCACAGAACUUCAACACCUCUUCCUCACAUUCGAGGACCUCUGGGAACGUAAACUAUGGCAUCAACUGACGGAUACUCUUCUGGAGUACUUCUCGAACCCAGAGAGCACUUCUCAGAGAUUACCCAUCUACAACACAUUCAUCAUCAGUUUCGCAGACAAGAUCAAUCAGCUCAAACUUGUCAAGUUGGCACUGAGCGCCUCGGCGCAAAUCAAGGAUGACACAGAGCGGAGUCAAUUUCUCAAAACUCUCGCCGAUCGAGUUGCCAAACCAGAUUCCGAAGAAGCCCACGUCUACACAAUCACCGAGCUGGCCAGUGUUUAUCUGAGAUUAGGAGAGGCGGCAAAAGCAAAGGAACAACUAGAGAAGGCGCAAAAGACUUUGGACCAGUUCGAUUUCGUGGAAACUGUUGUCCACGCGGCCUUCUACCGAGUCAACGCCGACUAUUUCCAAGCUGCGAACGACUACACAUCCUACUACAGAAACUCAUUAUUGUAUCUUGCAUGCAUAGAUGAGACAGAAUUGAACACCGAGCAACGACAGCAUAGAGCAUACAAUCUGGCCAUCGCCGCACUGGUGUCGGACCAGAUCUACAACUUCGGGGAGCUGCUACUGCAUCCCAUCCUUGACGUUCUGAAACCUCCGCAUGCUCAGUCAUGGCUGCGGGACCUCCUCUUCGCCUUCAAUCGAGGAGAUCUCGCUACAUUCGAUCGGAUGUCCAAUAACCUCAGCAAGGACCCCAUCCUCGACUCGCAUCGAUUGUUCCUCUGGCAGAAGAUCAACUUGGCUGCGUUGACAGAGCUGGUGUUUAAGCGACCACCGCACGACCGUGCCAUGACAUUCAAGACCAUCAGCCAAGAGACAAAUGUGAAGCCCGAUGAAAUUGAGCAUCUGAUCAUGAAGGCGCUUAGCUUGGGGCUUUUGCGAGGCAAGAUUGACCAGGUCGCGCAGAUUGCGAGGAUCAAUUGGGUACAGCCUAAAGUACUGGAACGGAAUCAAAUUGAGGGCAUGAGGCAGCGACUUAAGGAGUGGGACAGCAAUGUCAAUGAAUUGGGCCACUGGAUAGAGGGCGUCGGGAAGGACGUUUGGGCGGCAUAG